AACCAGUAAACAUCGACUUGCUGCAGAGAAUACGUCGAGGCGCAGCUUUGCGUAAUAAGACCCUACCUGCAGCCCCUCGGGAGGUCCCCCAGUAUUAUUCUACAUACACAAUACGUUGCAUAGAUUGCUUUUGCUUUUAAAAGGAGCACACCACUGCGCUGCGUUUUGUAGCUUACCGCUUGCUUUCCUUCGAUACUGGUACUUGACGACUCCUACCUACUUAACAUUUCUCGUAAGACUUUAUUACGCAAACACCAACCAUGGCAUCUCGAUCGCGCAACCAUCACAGUCGCCAUGACGAUCCUUAUGUCUUUGACGACCCGUACCGACAUUCGAAUUCGCCUAUCAAUAGCACUGGGUACGAGUACAUUGGUACUGAAGAAGUCUCCAACGCUUCUAAAUCUCAUCGCGGUAUAUCCCCAAGUCCUGAACCACGUCGACGACAGAGUCCUCCCAGGAGAAAUCCCAGAACCGCCAGUCCUCCUCGAUAUCCGAACCGCGAUAGAGCGCAUACCAUACCAUCAAAACCUGAUCGACGAUUAUCACCCCAUAGAACUUCUCGACAUGCCUCACCACCACCUCGCCCCAGCAGGAAGGCAUCUAGAAGCAAACACCAUGAAGAUAAAGGCUCCCCUCAACGGCAGGGUCUGCAACGGACCAAGUCUAUGGGCCAGAAAGGCCUAAAAUUCCUCAGCGAAGCGGCUGCAUUAUAUGCUGCAACACAGGCCGCAUCAGGUGACCGAGGCCGCUCGCAGAGUCGCGAUAAUUCUCGCCGUAGCUCACAUUACGAUUCGGAACCAAGGCAGCGCCAUCGUCAUCGGCACCACUCUCCUACUCCUUCCCCGUCGCCGCACAGGAGGCGCUCGCGAGCGUAUAGCGAUGACCCUCCGCGUAGACAUCGGAGACACAGAUCUCCGUCCGUAAGUGACGAGUCAGAUUAUGAACGCGAUCGAGGUCGACGCCACCGACGAUCCCGAGCUAGUUCAUACACUCAGAGUCCGUCACCGUCUCCUCCACGUCACCGAGGCCGGAAGUCUAAAUCUGUGUCGUCCGACGUUAGAUCUUCCAAGGUACCUAAAGAAGUUGUUGCCGAGAGAUGGCAAAUGGCAGCUCGAGCAGCUCUUGAAGCGGGUGGCCUCACUGCCUUCAGACUUCGCAACGAUCCAGGCAGCUGGACAGGCGAUAAGGGCGCCAAAAUAGCCACAGCUGCUUUGGGCGCAGCAGCGAUCGACGCCUUUAUCGACAAGGACCCAAGACAAGCAAAGUCUAAAGGGGUCAAGGGGUUCGCUGAAAGCACGAUUAGCAGCCUGAUUGCAUCGAAAGUAAUGGGUGUCAAGAACCCCAAGAAACGCAGGGCUAAAUCGGGAUACUGAUAUAUGAUCGAAUUGUACCGCUUCUUCGUCGCCCGUGGAUUUAUGUUACCAUUGUCAUACCAAAUUGGCUAUUUAUUUUCUUUUGAUAUUCAAGGUUGUUAUGACGGAUGAGCGCUAGACGGAAAUAUGAU